GUUCGUUCUUCUACGGGCUAUAAAAAGGCAGAGGAUGAGAUGUCCCGGGCCACGUCUGUUGGAGACCAGCUGGAGGCACCCGCCCGCACCAUUUACCUCAACCAACCGCAUCUCAACAAAUUCCGCGACAACCAGAUCAGUACGGCCAAGUACAGCGUGUUGACAUUUCUACCUCGAUUCUUGUAUGAGCAGAUUAGAAGAGCUGCUAAUGCCUUCUUCCUCUUCAUUGCCUUAUUACAGCAAAUUCCAGAUGUAUCUCCAACAGGAAGAUAUACCACCCUGGUGCCACUGAUCAUUAUUUUAACAAUUGCAGGCAUCAAAGAGAUUGUAGAAGAUUUUAAGCGCCAUAAGGCAGACAACGCAGUUAACAGAAAGAAAACAAUAGGUAAGAGACCAGGCUGA